AUGUUUCGGUUCGCAAAUGCUAUCCCGUCUCUUAGGGGAGCGACCAAAGCUCCGGUCGAAGGCGAUGCAAACCCUUCAGGAGAAGCAGAUGACCAAGUCCCCCCACUAAACACAAUCUCUUCCAGCAACGGUCAAGACACGACGCCCAUACAGGGCAUGCCUUCUUGGGCUAGAGAAUUGAAUAACGCUCGAGCCAACAGACACAGUCGAGCCUCAUCGAUCGUUUCCACCCAGUCCAAGUUCACCACAACUACUCUGCACGAAGAUGCGCGAAGCAUCGACAUCAAUGUCGCCGGCCAGUAUUUUCGGAUCAGUCGGGAUGGCUCGCGAAUUACAGCUGAUGCUCCGCCGCCCUAUACUGGGCCGGGCGAAGCGAUGCGCUUUCAAGGGGACGGAAUGAGCGAUGUGGUGAGCUUGCUCAGCUUGGACAGCCGACUUGAGGUGGAUAGUCAGAAUGUCGAUGAAGACAAUUUGGAGGACGGGUCGACCACUCCAAGGUCAGCAUUCACAGCCAUCGACCAUGAGGGUGCUGUGCGAGCCAACAUACUGGAUCUGCCAGAGCUUGAGAUGCCCUCACCAAUGGGACAUGAUCAAUUGAACCACCGCUCAUCCUUGACCACUCCAAUCGGUAGCGAAAGGACGACUGCUUCUACAACCGGACUCGACCCAAGCCUUUCCAGUGGGGACGACUCAGAGAUCCUUCCUCAACCGAGCCCAGACCACCGCGGAAGGAGGGCGACCUCAGAAGAUCUCACGCGCGACGGGGCAGAUCAGAUGCCACAGUCCUCACCGUUGAGGAGGACGUACCGAGAACGCCUUCCUCGGCUGAUCACGUCUAGGGAGAUUUCGCGGGCCAACCAUCGACCUCAACACCAUCGACAGCGAUCCUACACAUCGCGAGGACGUCCACUCCAGAUCCGAUCUGCUGGUGCAAUUCUAGAUGAUGUGCCUGACGAUCAUGAAUCGCGAUCUCCGGAUUACAUAGGGAGAAACGCCCGCGGAAGGUUCCCAGUCCUCAUCAGGGCAGCCACGACCCAGAAUACCAGUGCUCUCAGAAAUGGCGAAUCAUCAGCCCGAGGAGUGAAUCCUCUUGACAUGAGCGAGACGCCGGAGGACAGCAACACGCCUCUACCUAUGGACGACGAGAACGACAUCUCUCUCCAUUACGCGCGAAUGAUGCGGAGAUUGGACUCUACACACCGCAAGGCGCUGCUCUUCAAGGACAAGCAAGUGGCGGAGCUUCGCGAGAAACUGAACGAAAAGGACAUUGUGUUGAGACAGCAGCUACGGGCUAAGGAUUUCAUCAUUGAUGACCUCAAGAAAAGGCUGAAUAACCUGGAAGAGAACGUCGAGGUCAUGCUGGAGAAGGCCCGACAUCAAGUGGAGGAUCUGUGGGAGUCUCGGUGGAAAGACCGUGACUUUCACCUGCGAGAGCGCAUGAGACGGAUAGAGGAAGAGGCCCAGAAGACGCUCGAGCGAGUGAGGAUCUGUCAAGCACAGUCCGAACGAGAGCCGAAGGAUAAUAAUGAGUAG